AGAUGCUGAACAGGACGCGCAGUGGUGCGUGUGCCAUAAAUGAUCACGCUGUAUAUCUGCACUUUCUGCUACAUGAUGCAUCCGCGCGCAUGAGAUCUCUCUUUAGAUAUUGGCGACUGGACGAUACAAAUAAAAAAGAGGGGAAAACAUCUUGGAGGCUGAGAGGAGGAGAUGAGGUGUGCCAUCAUGGAUUUCUGAGAGGGCUUUAAGGAGCAAAAAUGGACGUAAAAAAAUAAAUUGCUCUAAGCCACAACGCGUCGAGAAGGCCCCAAAGCGUCCGGUGCGCAUCUCUGGUGCGUCUUCUUUAAAAAAAACGUCCUCUUUUUUUCUUCGUUUGACAGACCCCCCCAAAAGCCUUCAAGACGGACGGAGUGGUGGAGCACCGAGGCAAAAACCGUGCCAACAUGCGGGAGAGGGACUUCAUGCCCAACAUGGAGCGGGGCAAGCCGGCCACGUAUACGGGGGACAAGAAAGCCAAGAUGGCCGCGAAGACCAACAAAAAGUGGGUACGUCUGGCCACCGUGUUCGCCUACGUGCUCUCCGUGUCCCUGGCGGCGAUCAUCCUGGCCAUCUAUUACAGCCUAAUAUGGAAGCCGACGAACCUGGGAACGGGACACGGUGUGCCAGACGGAUCCACAGGAAGCAACAACGCGUUCGCGAACGUCUCGGGCAUCGUUAACGGCACGAGCGCCAACGUGACGCAAGCGGACAACGGCACGAGCGCAAAUGGGACGCAAAUCUACUCCGGGUUUAAUGCGACCAGCGCCGGAAACGAGAGCGCGACGACAGAGGUUGCGGGAAGCGCGCGUUCUUACUCGGGCGCCACUGGAUACACGCCUGCCGGCGAUCAGACGCAGUAUAGAUACGGUCAGACAUCGGACAGCGUUACGAAUCCAAGUGACGCACGAAGAGCAAAGCGCGAGUCGGUACCAGCGCAAUCUGCGCGCGCUUCAAACGAGCCAAAAGACACGGAACCAAUACUACAAGAAAGACCUAAACGGGUUUAAGCUUGCACUUACAAAACCACAUGCAUAUGCGUAAAUGGUGUGCAAAAAGCAGUACUUUUCUAAUGCUGUUAUGUGCGGUUAUGAUUUAGCCUAAGUCGGUGUGGUGGUGUGGUGCAGAGCGGCGCGCGCGCGCGGACCAAGCUCACAGCUAGAGGAUGCAUGGAAAUAUGGGAAGUAUUUCACGCUUGGUGCAUGGACGCCAACUUGAUUAUUGCUAAAGCACAGCAAAAACAUGGUUCCAUUCUCACCACCUUUCCAUGUACCAUCAAUUUUCCAAAGUUUAAUCUUUUUCAUUUUAGGGAACACCUGUUUGAUGGGCACUAAAGAAAAACCCAGUCAUAACUAUCCAGCUUUCAUCAACCAAAUCACCUUUAUGUGGUUGCAUAGAUUUAGACAGGUAUAGCCUGUCAAACGUAUUUAUUCGAACUGCAGCAAACGAAAAGAAUGAACAGCAUCUUCGUUUCUUUAGAACAUUCAUACUUUUUAAAAGAAGGUAAGAGAAAAAUAUUGGCAUUACAUUUAAUGGAAAGUGUCCACAUAGCCUCCUAAUUAAUCAGGAUUCCUAAUUCAGAGGAACCUGUGUCAAGUUCUGCUCAGGUAUGUGCAAAUAUUAAUGUAAAUGAAUUGUGUAUUUGGUACAUAUAUAUAUAUAUAUAUAUAUAUAUAUAUAUAUAUAUAUAUAUAUAUAUAUAUAUAUAUAUACACACACAGUAUAUGUCCAUUGCCCACAUGUAGGCUGUUUGGUAAAUGUAAAUACUGCACAUGCUCAGGCCUUGAUCAAACUUUAGCGUAGACUACUUUUUACAAAAAUCAUGUAUACUAGGGUUAUAUAUAUACACGUGUACGUACGUACACGUGUAUAUAUAUACAAUCCCAAAGGCAAAUAAAAGCCCUUGUAAAAAAAAUUUGAGUUUCUAUAUUUUUUGUUAUAAAAUGUUUUAUUAAUUAAAAUGUCUAGCAAUUGACACAUAAUAAUAAAAAGCAUCUUUCUCUGAUGCCUACAAUCAAAGGCUCUUGCAAUAGUUAGAGGUUUAUCACAGUAUAUAUAUUGGAUGUAUAAAACAUACUUUAAAUACAAGAAGAAAAAAAAAACAUUGGCUGUAAAUGUAACCUUUAAUAUAACUGACUCAAGUGUUUACAUAUUGUGUAACCAAAAGUGGUUAAUAUAUAACAAUACAACCAUAUUAAAUAGUACAUCAGAAGAGUAAUCCACUAUAGGUUACUAUGUUGUUCUAGGUUUUGUUAUGAACUUUUAUAAUAGUAUGGUAUCUUACAGAACUUCUGGAUUGUUUGAAACACUUGUUGGAGGGAAGCAGGGCAGUAGGCAGCAAAGCACACAUGAUAACUCUUCUGUUAUAUAACUAGCAAUGAUAUACGAUUGAUGUUGCUGGACGCCUACACUUAAGGUAAAAACUAUUUUUUGAGGUAAAUUAUUUAUUUACAAUCACAACAAAAUGAAAGUCUAGACUACAAGAAAAAUACAGGAUAUUUAUGUUGAAGUGUUGAUUAUAAAUUAUGUUAUGGCCGAUAGUAUUUAAUGAGCACAAGGCACAGAUAUGAUUGAUACAGUACAUCAGCAUGUGUGUCUCUGUGUGUAAAUGAGAGAGUGAGACAGAGAGAGAGAGAGAGAGAGAGAGGUAAUGGACCAUAGCUUCUAUAGGCUUCUAUCAGGAGACCACACUGAGAGCUCACUUAUCUUCUGAGUCAUUUCUAGUCAUCUAGAAUGUGAUCAACAUAAUCACAAUUUCAUACACAAACAUGUAUAUACACACACACACACACACACACACACACACACACACAGAUGCAUUUAUGCAAGUCUGCUUUACAAGCGAAUACACUGACAGUUGUUCUUGUAAACAAGAUGUCCCAGUAGGCUUUUUUGACUCAGCCUGCCUUUUAGUGAACGAGUGAUUAAGUGAAAGCCUAGGUGAAAAUCAAUAGUAAGCACUGAGGGGCAUCAAACGUAUCAAAUCCACUGUCUAAUUUCCUCGUGGCUGGAAGGUGUUGUGCUUUAAGCUUUUAAAAUGAUGGCAAGGAUCGAAACUGAUGUUUUAAUGUUUUAAUAAACCACAAUCAAACCUCUUAA